AUGGCCAAUCGUGACGAACGUGAUGCUGCACAAAAGUUUAUUAGCGCGUAUGUCGAAAUUCGAGCGAUGCAUCAGUCGUUGGGUUCGACAGAAAUUCGAAAUAUUUUGACGAGUCUUCUGCAGAAAGAUGUGAACGUGGUUAUGACUGAGUUACUGGGAACUGCCGCGUCAGGAAAUGUGAAUAUGCAGCGAUCUGAUGUGAUAAGCAAAAUCAGCAGUAUCCGAGAGAUUCGUGAUGCAGUCAUCAAUUUUAUUAAACGCUGUAAGUAG